UUUGUUUAGCUGAUGUUUAAUAUGACAUAAAUUGGGUUGCAGUGCUAAUCUACACUUUGAAAAUAGAAUUUAUUUAGAUAAUAUUAGAUGCUUUUUUGUUCAUUUUUGAGAGCUAGAAGCCUCGUUUUGACAUAAGUACUGGACUUUGGUUAAAAAAUGGUAGUGUGACCACUGCCAGAGUUUUUGGACAAAUUUUUGUUUUUUUUUUCUUUUGCUUACUGUUAAUUAUGCUAGUGAUGGCAUAAUGAUUUAUUUGUUACCCUUAUAUUGUGGAGUUUAUAAAGCUUGUUGGACUAAAUUUCAAUUGCAUAGAAAUUUUUUGAUAGUAAUAAGAUGAGUACCCAUGAUCUAAUGGCCUUUUAUGGGGGAGAAUUUGGGGGGUGAAGCAAAAUUUCUAUGUCAAGAUACUGCUUGUUUUAGUAUUGGGAAGAAGUAUUAGUGGUAAGAAAAAGGAAACGAAUGAUUGUGUUGCUAUCAAAUUUAUGAAGUAGCAUCCCACCACUUAAAACAAGCAAUGAUGUUUGAGGUAUUCAAGUAGCUAUAUUGAUUUUUAUCUUACUAGUGUAGCAUUCCUUGAAGUCACAUUUUGAUUUGUUUUAUGUAGAAGUAGGCUUGUUGGGUGACUUGGUAUGUGCGAAUCAUAGCAACCUAGUUUUGCCUUAAAAGAGAGUCACAUCUUGCAGUUACUGAAUGUCACAUGGCCAUUUCAUUUUUUCGUUGUUUUUUCUUAGAGAGCUUGGCCAAGUUCCCUCGGAGAACAAUUUCUACACCUGGAUUUCAUGGUCAACCUCAACAACUGGAGGAACAACUACAACAGCAGGCACAGCAGCAAACAAUGGGUCAGAACUCAAGAAAUGAUCAAAGCUCCGUCCAGGCCACUGCAAUGCAAGCUGCUUCUAGCAAUGGUGUGCCUAAUGCAAAUAACUCUCUCAACUCAGCAUCAACCACUUCCUCCACUAGCACCAUUGUUGGGCUUCUCCAACAGAGCUCAAUGAACUCCAGACAACCCAACCCUAUGAACAAUGCAAAUAGUCCAUAUGGAGGAAGCGGGAUUCAGAUUCCUUCUCCUGGUUCAUCAAGUACAAUGCCACAUGCUCAACCCAAUCCUUCUCCAUUCCAAUCACCGACACCGUCAUCAUCCAACACUGCUCUGCAAAAUUCUCAUGGCGGCUUAACAGCUGCAGCUCAUAUGAGUUCUGCAAAUUCUCCAAAUAUCUCCAUGCAACAACAACCAGCUCUAUCUAGUGAUGCCGACCCAAGUGAUUCCCAGAGUUCUGUUCAGAAAAUCAUACAAGAAAUGAUGAUGUCUACGCAAAUGAAUGGUGGGGGCGGUAUGGUGGGUGUUGGUUCCUUGGGGAAUGAUGUGAAAAAUGUUAAUGGAAUGUUGCCAACAAGCAAUAGCACAGGUCUUAAUGGUGGCAACAGCCUGGUGGGAAAUGGAACAGCCAAUAGCAAUGCAGGAAUGGGGGGUGCAGGAUAUGGUAGCAUGGGUAGCGGACUUGGUCAGUCGGCUAUGCUUAAUGGAAUCCGAGCUUCAAUGGGUAAUAACUCAAUGGCAAUGAGUGGAAGGGUAAGCAUGGCAGCAAUGGCUCGAGACCCGAAUUUAAGUCAUCAACAGGCUUUGGGGGAUCAACUUCUUAGUGGUCUUGGAGCUGUUAACGGGUUCAAUAAUCUACAAUUUGAUUGGAAGCCAUCUCCCUGAAACGUUCUUCAGGCUUUAUUGUUACAGCUGCUUGGUCAGCGCGGGGAUUGCGGAAUAUUGUCUUCGGCCCUAUGAAGAUACUGGGACGAUGAAUCGGUGUCAAGGCUGCCCUCUGUACUAAUUUCAGGAAAGGAAAACAUAUAGCGUAUUGUUUUUUUUUUAAUCAUUGAUAACUUUGUUUUCCUCCGAUUGCUUAGACCAACUAACAGCCUCGGAAUUGGGAAAUUCAGGGAGUCACUAUUGCCUGA